AUGACGGGCCCCCCUACAUUUUUGCGCCCAUCACUGCUCUUCGUCCUCCCUGCCCCCUCUCCUUUCCCUCCCCCCCCCUUCUCUCCUUCCUUAUCCCCUCCUCCUUCUCCCUAUCCUUUCCCGUUCCAGCAUUGUGCGUGCGGAAAUAACUGGCCCCCCUCACCUCCUAUUGGAGAGCCUGGCGUAUUCCGCAGAAGGGAAGGCGUAAAAAUGGGUGACACUGAAGAGAAGAAGGACAGACGAGGAGAGGAGGGGGAGGGAGGGGAAAUGCAGGGGCAGCGGGAUAUUGAGACGCUUUUAAACAAGACAGAAAGAGAAGAGGAGGGCGAAAGAGGGGGGAAGCAGGGACAAGGGGAUGCGACGGUGGUGGUAGUGGAAGGAGAGAGUAGUAUGCUGGUGCUGGAAGGACUGGUGUUCUAUUGCCAAGGCAGGGGGGGGAGAGGCGAGGGGAAAAAGGGGGGAGAAGGGGGAGAGGGAGGGUUUUCCGGUGCAGGUGUCAAGAAUGCUCGUGCUGGCGUUGAGAGCUGUUAUACGCGUGUGGAGGUGGACGUGUGUGCGUGGGUGAACCUGGCUGCUGCAGCGCAGUCAGAUGAGCUUCAAGACUCGUCCGAUGAGCUUCAAGACUCGGUGGACUACGGGGAGAUCUACACCAUUGCACGGCGUCACGUUGAGAGCCAUCAACCCCCCCCACUCGCCUCCCUCGCCCUCCCUCCUCUAGCCCACACCAUCGCUACAACCAUCCGCACAUCUCUCCCCCGUGUGAAGAGAGUCUGGGUGCGACUGGCUGCUCCUGCUCCCGCCUCCCUGUCCGGGGCUGUUGGGUGCGCUGCAGCGCAGAUCACCCUCUAG